CUAACCACACGGUUAAAUUUUAGUAAAUCGUGUAAGAAAUUGCCAAAGAAACUAGGGACAAGGUUGGUGAUUAUAACCCAGCGGAGGAGGAUGGCGGUUUUACACUAUUAAAGCAUUCUGAAAGUGUGGAAAAAAUAGAGUUCAGUUGUAUUUUCAAAGUCAGCAAAAAAUGUUGCAAAUAGUUAUAUUAGCGUAUGCUAGUAUUAGAUUCGUCCUGGAUGGAUUUUUUGUAUUUUUAUCUCCAACCUGGCUGAAGUACGAUUUAACAAAUCAUCCAGGUUUUCAAGACGAAACUCUGUUGUAUGGCGUUUUUAAACACUGUUUAAGCAUUACUCUUCGUGAUUGUAUUGCCACAGAAAAACACGUGGAUAUUCACCAAGACCAUGCCUUGGUCAAAAUUUUGGUAAUUGGGGAAAUGACUUUAAAGGGAGUGAUUGUUGUCUUUCAAGUUUUUUCCAUGAAGCGAUCAUUUGGAAAAAAUGGAAUGUUUGUUGUAUCCGUUUUAUCGAUUGUGAAUGGAAUUUUCGGACUUGCGCUGACCGGACGUUUCAUCUCUAAAAGACAACAGUGGCUGGAAGAUGCAAAAUCAGAUGUUAUGUACGCGCCAUAUUACUACAUCGGAUCAGCGGUAACAACCAUCUUGUUGUCGUUAGGAAUGCUCCUUUAUGGUGUAAAGUGGGAUACGGACAGCAACAAUAACAAUCAAGCUGUUGUGGAAAUGAUACAGCUGUAUCCUAUCCGCGAAGAAGGAGAAGUGAUCUCAUCUGAGAACGAUGUAAAUAUAUGAUCAAAA